AUGACGCGAGGGAACAGAAACGUGGAAACCCUGUCCCUGCUCUGUGCGCUGUGGCGUCUGUCGUUGGCCUUUCCUGCCCUCACACUGCCGCCAUUUGAAUCCAGCACACAUCUGCAGGUGAAGAUCCCAGACUCCGAUGUGAUCGUCUCGUCUCUGGGCAGCUCUGUGGCCCUCCCUUGUCUCAUGUCUCUCUCUACGGGGCCGUCCUCCAUCGAGCCCCGGGUGAAGUGGUCGGUGGUCUCUGGUGGGAGAGAGCAGCAGAUUGUGGUAGCGCGGGGAGACAGGGUGAAGGUCAGUGAGGCGUUUAAGGACCGUGCAGAGCUGCUGAACUAUUCCUCAUCCACGGAAGACCUGACGUUGAGGCUGUCGGACCUCCGCUCCAGCGACUCGGGACAUUACCGCUGUGAGGUGCAGCACGGCCUGGAAGACGCCAGUGACCUCGUACAGCUCCAGGUGAAAGGCGUCGUCUUCCACUACAGAGAUGCGAUGGGCCGUUAUGCCUUUUCCUUCCCUCAGGCCCAAAAGGCGUGUGAGGCGAUCGGGGCAGAGGUCGCUUCUCCCGAUCAUCUCCUCGCAGCUUAUCAUGACGGAUAUGAGCAGUGUGACGCAGGCUGGCUGGCAGACCAAUCCGUCAGGUACCCAAUUCAAAUGCCUCGUGAAGGUUGCUAUGGAGACAUGGAUGGGCUUCCCGGUGUGAGAAACUAUGGCACAAUGGACCCAAGCAGCUUAUAUGAUGUGUACUGCUUUAUCGAUCACAUGCACGGUGAGGUGUUUGCUGAGACCAUCCCGCAGCAGCUGUCUUUCCCUCUGGCUCGGGCACUCUGCAGUGAGUUGGGAGCUGAGCUGGCCUCCACGGCUCAGCUUUACUUGGCCUGGAGCGAGGGCAUGGACCGCUGCAGUCCCGGGUGGCUCUCUGACGCCAGCGUGCGAUACCCCAUCAUUACCCCCAGGGAGCGCUGUGGAGGCUCGCAGCCCGGAGUCAAAACCGUGUACCGCUUCAGCAACCAGACCGGAUUCCCCGAACCAUCGCGUCUCCACGAUGUUUACUGCUUCAGAGGUAAUGGCUUUUCUCCCACUGCUUCUGCCAUCCACUCCACGACUGCUGAGUCGGAGGACAUCGGGGAGAGUGUGGUUAUUCUCACAGAAAAGGACCAAGAGCUGCAGCUGCACGGCACUGAGCAAGUGGAAAGAGAGGCCAUGAGCUUUCUCGAGACAUUUUCCCUUUUUUCAGCUCCGGUCAAGCAGAAAACGCCUCCAAGAGCAAACAAAACUGAGUCUAGCCACAACAUAACAACUAAAGAUGCAAAUGAUUUAAGUAACGCAACAUCCGCAGAUAUUGCCGAUCAGUUCUUAGAUGAGGAAGAUACAGCUACAAUCCUUGAAGAAAACGAGCCGACAGAACCGGCGGAGAUGGAAGAGGAAAUGCAAACUAACAGCACUGAAGUGGAUAGUUCUGAAGAUCCCACUGAGGAGGACAUGAUGGAGGAGGCCAACACAACUACAAUGCCCACAAUGCAUCAGGAGCAGUCGCUCGUUAAUGGCACUGAGGCGGAGGUGAGGAUAGAGGCCAACACAACUACAUUACCCACAAUUCAUCAGGAGGAGUCUACAGUUGAUCCCAUUGAGAAGGUUAUGAUGGAGGAGACAAAUGCAACUACACUACCCAUAAUGCACCAUGAGGAGUCUGAAGUUGGUUCCAUUGAGAAGAUGAUGAUGGAAGAGACAAAUGCAACUACACUACCCAUAAUGCACCAUGAGGAGUCUGAAGUUGAUUCCAUUGAGAAGGUGAUGAUGGAGGAGACAAAUGCAACUACACUACCCAUAAUGCACCAUGUGGAGUCUGAAGUUAGUUCCAUUGAGAAGGUGAUGAUGGAGGAGACAAAUGCAACUACACUACCGAUAAUGCACCAUGAGGAGUCUACAGUUGAUUCCAUUGAGAGGGUGAUGAUGGAGGAGACAAAUGCAACUACACUACCCAUAAUGCACCAUGAGGAGUCUGAAGUUGGUUCCAUUGAGGAGGUGAUGAUGGAGGAGGCCAACACAACUACACUACCCAUAAUGCACAAGGAGGAGUCUGAAGUUGGUCGUAUUGAGGAAAUAAUGAUGGAGAAGGCUAACACAACUACACUACCCAUAAUGCAUCAGAAGUCGAAUGGCGAAGACCUGUCACUCUUGACAGAGGCCCCAGAAGAAGAGGACAUGUUGGCGGAACCAACUCAAGCGGUGACGUCUUCUACUGAGGAUCUGAGAGCGUGGAUUUCUCAAGAUGGCUCCGGAGAUGAGUCCCAAGAGAUUGACACAGAUGCAGCAACUUUGACGGUUCUUGCUGAUUUUCCAACAUCGGCACCUAUCCCCUCUGACCGACCCAGGGAGACGCCAACCCAACAAACAGUCCUAAAUUUAACCACGUCACCGCUCACAGAGAUGAUCCGGCAAAAUGAAAGUGUCGAGUCUGAAGAGGCAGCAAUGGUUCAGAGUGAAGAAAUAAAACUAAUCACAACCCAUUCAGAAAACCUUUUAGAGUCCAGUUUAAGUUUCGGCACCACUGAAACUCCAGAAGUGUCUUAUUCGUCGAUGAAGCCAGACUACAGGGAGUAUCUGGUGUCCGUGACCGAUGCUUUCCAAGAGGCAAGUGGACAAGAGCCCGAAACCGUGAUCGCAUAUUUGGAUGAACCCAAGCCAACUGUAGAAGACGGCAUUACUCCAACAAGUGAAGAUGACCUGGCCUCGCUGGAAGACGAAAAUGCAAUUCUUGAAGAUGUGGAAAAAACGGGAAAUUCAACAAUUGACGAAGACAACGAAGUCCCCCAAGAAAACAUAACUGCGAGUCCAACCUUUGAAAGCCUUGCGACUGAAGACUUUCUGGUAGUCACUGACGAAGAGCUUUUGGAGAUGCCCACUAAUGACAUCGACUACCCCACAUCUUCUUCAAAUGAUUCACAUAUCAUCCAUUGGAGCACCACGACCAGAGCACAGAAUCCUGAAUAUAACAGAAAUCCCUCGACACUGGAAAAUAACUCCGCCAAGACCACGACAGCCAGACCGUACUGGACCAGGCGCACUCCUUGGACAACUGCCUCCCCAAAAGUGAACCGCGAGACCUCAUCCCCCCAAACCGUGACAGUGCACAUCCCCCCCGUGGAUAGUGGCCGGGCGGACCACACAUUUAGUCUGACUCCGCCUCCUUCACUGCAUGUCUUACCCGUAGAGAGGGCAGCUAUAGGCGGGACAGGGAAGAUUUCAGAUGGCUGUUUGAAUGACCCCUGUCUGAACGGUGGGACGUGUACAGAGCAGAAUGGACGGAUCAAAUGCCUCUGCUUGCCUUCAUAUGGAGGAGACUUGUGUCAGACCGACCUGGAGUUGUGUGAGGUGGGCUGGGACAAGUUCCAGGGCUCGUGUUACCGUCACUUUGGGCGGCGUCUGAGCUGGGAGGUGGCCGAGCAGCACUGCAGGAUGAUGGGGGCGCAUUUAGUGUCCAUCAUGAGCCCGGAGGAGCAAGGCUUUAUCAACAGUUUAAAAGUCAAAGAUUUCUACAAAGAAUACCAAUGGACCGGUUUGAAUGACAAGGCAAUUGAAGAUGAUUUUCGCUGGUCGGAUGGAAGCCCUCUGCUGUAUGAGAACUGGUACAGGGGCCAGCCGGAUAGUUACUUCCUGUCGGGGGAGGACUGUGUGGUGAUGGUUUGGCACGACAGCGGCAGAUGGAGCGAUGUGCCGUGUAACUACCACUUGGCCUACACCUGCAAGAAGGGCACCUCCUCAUGUGGUCCCCCUCCCAGAGUCAGAAACGCCUCCAUAUUUGGUAAAGUAAAACCGAGAUAUCCCACAAACGCAGCUGUUCGCUACCACUGCGCAGAGGGCUUCCAGCAGAGGCUCAACCCCUUGGUCCGCUGUCAGUCUGGGGGCAAAUGGGAGAGGCCUCAGAUCCACUGCAUCCCCGAGAAUGGAAGUUUAACCCAGUUCCACAGUGAAACUCCUACAGACAACAGAAACCUGGCUGCGAUUGAGGAUGAGUGGCGUUGGAAUAAAAGCACAAUUUUCUGCAGCUAUGAGUGA